AAUAAAUGAAUUUCAACAUAUUAAAAAACACAAUCACUAUUUAAUUUACUACACUCAUAGGAAAAGCUGCAAAAGUGGUCUCGUUCUUCGCUUUGAAAACAUGUAUCCCGUCACCAUCACAUGCUCUGCUCCUCGAUCAUUUAAAUACCAAAACCUUAUAAUAAAUGAAAAUUAUUAUUCUUUUAUUUUAACAAGAUGCUCCUCAUAUCAUUACCAGAACACAACUUGAACAGCCUCUGAGUUCUUGAGAAAGUAAAAUUUAUUCGUUUUUGUGUGGAAAUUUAUUCCAAGAUUGGAUCUUUGGAACUGGGGUUUCCUUGAUUACUCAUCCAAUAUUAUAAGAAGAUGGAGAGAAGGAAAUGGCCAUGGAAGAAGAAAUCUUCUGAGAAGAGUGGUGGUGAAAGUGAGAGCUCAGAAUCCAUCUCUUCACAUUCUGAGAGAUUCUCAGAAGAUCAGCAGGAGGCAAUACGAGCAUCAGCAAACGAAGAUAUGCAGUCGCCUGAGGUGACAUCCGAAGCGAAGAAGAUGGAUAUUGAUGAGGAUGAUGAAGUGAAUGAAAGUGUGAAGAUACUAACCGAAAAGCUAUCAGCUGCUCUUGUGAAUGUUGGUGCAAAGGAAGAGUUGGUUAAACAACAUUCCAAAGUUGCUGAAGAAGCUGUUGCUGGCUGGGAAAAGGCAGAAAAUGAAGUGGCAGCGGUGAAGCAGCAGCUCGACGCUGCGGUGCAGCAGAAUCUGAGCUUGGAUGUGAAGAACAGUCAUCUUGAUGGCGCCCUGAAGGAGUGUGUGCGGCAGCUGAGGCAAGCACGGGACGAGCAGGAGAAACGAAUCGCGGAUGCUUUGGCAGAGACGAGCAGAGACUGGGAGGCGAAGAAGGCUGAUUUCGAGAAGCGGAUACUUGAUCUGGAGAAGGAGAAUUCAUCCUUGAAGCACGAGCUCGUUUCCUGUCGCGGAGAGUUGGAAGUUGUGGCGAUUGAGAGGGACUUGAACGCCCGGACUGCGGAGACUGCUAGCAAGGUGCAUCUCGAGAGCAUCAAAAAGGUCGCUAAGCUUGAGGUCGAGUGUCGUAGGCUCCAAUCUGUGGCGCGGAAAUCAUCGCCUAUUCAAUUCAAGGAUGAAAAGCCAUCAUCAACCAAGAAGAGCAUUGCUGCCUGCUCUCUUGAGAUUGAUAUGAUGGAUGAUUUUCUCGAGAUGGAACGCCUUGCAGCGCGUGAAUCGGCUUCUGAACAAACUUCUUCGGACGAGCCAGUGAUACCCGAGCUCGACUCCAUGACUCGGAGAGUAGCUGACUUGGAAAACACGUUGGAAAAGUCGAAAGCAGAACGAUCAGGACUUCAGAUUGCUUUAGACGAAACGGUAGACGCCCUCAAGGCAGCUGAGAGCAGGAUUGUAGAAGCUGAAAUUAGGUGCAACGAGCUGCAGAACGAGCUUGCUGCAGUGUACGAGACGAACGAGUCACUUGAGUAUCAGCUCAGCACCAUGGAAGAAGAAUCAAGAACCAUGUCUUCCAGCAUUGAUUCCUUAAAGGCAGAAUUAGAAGAUGAUAGAAAUAUAUCAGCUGAAAUCAAGACCAAGUGUCGGGAACUGGAGAGCGAACUAGCCAGAAUGAUCCAGGAAUCCGAGCUUCAGCAGAUCGAGCUAAAAAACGAACUAACUGCAGCCUACGAGACAAAAGAGUCGCUUGAAUCACAGCUCAACACUAUGACUUCAAGUGUCAAUUCACUAAAAGCGGAAAUAGAAGAAGAACGAAAGCUAUCAGCAGAACUAACAACGAAAUGCCAAGAACUGGAGCACGAACUAACCAGAAUUAUCCGGGAAUUCGAGUUCCAGCAAAGUACGCACACAAACAGCGAACCAAAAGUCAAGCAGGAGGAUCUGGCUGUCGCUGCGGAUAAACUUGCUGAGUGCCAGAAAACGAUUGCAUCGCUCGGGAGGCAGCUUCAGUCUCUAGCGACGUUAGAAGAUUUCUUUAUCGACACUUCAAGCAUACCGGGAGAUGCAUCAAGUUCAGACAUAGGAGAGCUUUGGAGGUUACCUUCGAAUGGUGAUGCGAACGGGAACAAGGAUUCAAUGCGAUCCUCGUCAUCGACCAAGAACUGGAACAGUUUAGGGAAAUUUUUCGUCCGAAGUAAGAGCGUGGCAGAUCAUUAUAAUGGUCAAGAGUAGUGUGUUUUUACAGAUAGUAAGUAGAAACUGUAUAACUUUGCAUUCUUUUUUAUGCUAAUUAUAUGUUUCUCGUCAUUCAAAUCA